CACGCCCAAACUGCGCCUUCAUUAUUGACCGGGGGGUUUUGUAUGAUGGGAAGAAGGGGGAGGGGGGAGGUGUGUACAACACGACGGUCAUGGGUCGGCUAGGCCAAGCCUCUUCCUCCUGUCGCAUAUGAUGACAUGAGGCUCGGUCUUUUCGAACAUGCCUGCAUGUAGAGGCACCUUCUUCUGCUUUUGAUUCUUCACCGCUUACACCACUUCACCACUUCACCACUUCACGACACCUAGCCUCCGAGCAACCUCCUCUAUUCAAUUUACGUUGAAUCUGUAUGCUUCCUUCAGCCAUGCCAUCUCAGCAGAACUCCAGUGACUUUGCUUUUGGCGGGUAUUGGAACCAAUCUGCACCGCAAUUUUCAGCGUCAUCGGGGCAUUAUGAGGAGGCUGAAGAUGCUCCCCGUACCGCUUUAAGCUAUUCCUUCGUUCCACCAGGGCCACUCUUUGGCGAUCGCGAUGCCUAUGAGAACAUACCAAAUACUCGACCGAGCUUAUCAUCCCCAUCGGGUACAGCUUUUACAGUCACCAUCCCACCCGUGCAAACCAUUUCUGCUGAACAUCGGCAGCCGCCUCUGCACCACUUUUCCGCGACAGGGACCAUACAGACAGAUACGACUUAUGAGCGGUCCACGCAGCAACCUACAAAGGCUCGCAAAUCCAUGCCCCGCGCGCCGAAUUUCACUCCUUCAGAUUGGGAAAGGCACCACGAUGAGAUCAAAAGGCUCUGGGUUGAUGAAAACAAAACACUGCCAGAGACUAUGAAGGCCAUGGCUGAAAACUUUGAGUUUGAGCCCUCUAUCGAGCAAUACAAAAAGCAAUUGAAGAAGUGGAAUUGGUCAAAGUACUUACCAACGAAAGAAGCCUUCUGGAUGGAGAAUAAAGCUGCUAAGAGGAAGCAUGAAGAGAAGAAGGACACGGUCUUCGAUUACCGCGGCCAGACAUACACACAGCAAUCCAUCCAGCAACGCCUUCAGAGAAAGAAGAUACGACAGGAUGAGACAGUGGUCUCGGCUGAUGCACCAACUCCGAGCGGCAUCACAUAUACUACCCCACGCGAUGAUCCUACUUCACCGCUUUACAUUGCUUCACCUAGAAUGUCAAGUCAGCCACUUAGACGCAUCCCAGCAUCAACGAGUUCAAUUGCACAGGCUUCUCAUCAGCCGAACUUGCUACGGAACGGUCGCUCAGAGGCAGACAUUGAGGCAGUGUAUCAAGAAGCUCAGAGUCUAGAGCGUCGUUCAAUGAUCGAAGAUGCCGAAAAGAAGUUUCGCGAAGCCUUAACCGGUUUUGAAUCCCUAUAUUCAGCAACACAUGAGGCCACGGCCGCCGUUGCUUAUCACUUAGCUUCUUUCUAUGCUUCUUGUGGCCGCAUGAAGGAUGCUGAUGUCAUUUUCGACUGGAUGACAGGGAAAUACAUACAGCGGUAUGGGCACAAAGGCCUAGAAACUCUUGAACAUCUCCUCAACGUCGUGGAAAUGUUCUGCAACUGGUCUCGAAUCAAAGACAGUCCGAAAAUAGUAUUACUGUUUCAGAGGAUCGGCCUCUUCUAUGAAAGUGAUGGGAUAUGGAACGAUGCUGAACCGUGGUUCGAGCAAGCCCUGCUGGCGUGCUAUAGAAGCUUGGGUGAGGGAAGCAGUUCCGCAAAGCGCCUUGAAGCGGCUCUCGAGAAACAACGUCUUUCUAUGUGAUGCAGCCCUCCGUAUAUAGCAAAAAUUGACCUCGCCUAUAUAGAGCUGACCGCUUUUUAUCUUGAAAGUUGCCA